UUAGUAUUGGAAUCAACAUGAGUUGUAGCAACAGAGUGCUGGAGUUAUACAGCGGAGUAGGAGGAAUGCACUGGGCUAUGAAAGGUUGUGGUGUAUCUUUUAAUGUUGUCGGUGCUAUUGAUAUUAAUACGACUGCUAAUCAUGUCUACAGACACAAUUUCCUGGAAACUUCUAUUUUGCAGAGAAAUAUUGAAUCUUUGUCAGUUGAUGAGUUUCAUCGUAUGAAUGUGGAAAUACUGCUAGCUUCACCUCCAUGUCAACCAUUUACCAGGGUGGGAUGGAAAGGAGACACUGCAGAUUCUAGAACAAAGAGUUUUCUGCAUGUCGUGUCAUUACUUGCCAGAUUACCAACACCUCCCACAUACAUAUUAAUUGAAAAUGUGAAGGGAUUUGAGGAAUCUGAGACACGUGAGAGACUAAUAACAACGUUACAUCAAUGUCAUUAUACUUUUCAAGAAUUUUUAUUGACUCCCGUGCAGUUUGGUAUUCCUAAUUCACGUCUGAGGUACUACAUUGUUGCUGUUCACUUACCUCGAACGUUACCUUUUGAGCCAAUCCAAGAAGUUCAAACAACCAUGCCUACUGGUUGCAGAUCCUCAAAUGUUCAUGCUGUUGGAGAUUACUUGGAAAGACUACCUGAAUCAGAAGUGCAAGAUUAUCUGUUGUCAUCACAGACUCUCAACAGAUUUGGGAAAAUACUUGACAUUGUGACAGCAUCAUCUAGACGGUCAUGCUGCUUCACAAAAGCCUAUAGUCACUAUGUAGAAGGGACAGGCUCUGUGCUUCAAACCACACAUGUAGAUAUGCACAGUGUGUUUGCGCAAUUUUCCCUGGAGAAAGCUGGUUGUGCAAAGGCUGAAGCUCAAAUUGACAGACAGGAUGAUGACUGUCCAUUGUUAAGUCUAGGACUUCGGUACUUCACUCCUCGAGAGGUUGCCAACUUGCUGUGCUUUCCCUCACAAUUUGAAUUUCCUGAUGGACUCAGCAACAAGCAGAAAUAUCGGUUACUAGGCAACAGCUUAAAUGUCCAUGUGGUUACAGAGCUAAUAAGAACGUGCUUCUUUCAUUCUACUGUGCAACUUGUGCUGCAUGAAUACUGCUACCUGAUAAGAGAACACAGACUAACAAGCAAUGGUGAAUACAAGCUUAGCCUGAAGUCUAUCUGUACACAGAAGGCUGUGCUGAUGUGUGUUACUUGAGGGAGCCGCGCGUGUCUUAUAAUGCAAACAUGACUCAUUUUUUCCAACCAACACAACAUAAUCUAUUUAAUUAACAAAAGCAUUUUUGGGGAC